GAUAGACUUAUGUCAAGGAGUGAUAGGGAGGUUAUAUUUACUAAUAUUUAGUUUAGUGUUCAAAAAUUCAGCGGUUGAUACACCGUUGAAUUUAUGAACUGGCUCAAUUCAAUGCAAUGCAAACUGAUUAAUUGAACGAAUUUCAAAAGAGAGAUAAAAUAGAAAGAAUUAUAGAAAAAAUAUGUUACAUGAAUCAUGGAACUAUUUAUACGUCGUCCACGUAAAGCAUUUUUGAUUUUCACUAUAAUUUCAAUAAUUGUUUGUUAUGCCUAUAUAAAAGUGUAUUUGAUUGAUUAUAGGGAAGAAAGUAUGAAACGAAUUAGUACUUCUAUAAAUAAUCAAUCACAUCCUACUGAAGAACAACACAACGUAUGGUUGAUAUUUACAAAAGUUUAUGUUGGAUCACCACUUACAUACAAAUUUGAAGCUCUUCUUGCAAAUUUAAUGAUGAUUAGCUCUGUGCCUUUGAAUCUGAAUAUUAUAGUAGAUAACUCAUCUGAAGCAAUUGCUGAAAAUGUUAUUUCUAAACAAAUACAAAAAUCUAACAAAAACAUUUCCUAUAAUUUUUAUCACAUAACUGAAAGUGCAAAACAUAUUGAAGAUAUUGUUAGUAUAAUGUCAAAUUUUUUCAGUAAGCCAGGAAGUUACUAUAAUGAUGUAUUAUUCUAUAUAUCUUUGGGCUUACAUCGCAUUGCGCCUGCUAACCAGAAGUAUGCUAUUCUACUGGACUGUGAUAUUUAUUUCAAAAAAGAUAUAGAUCUUUUAUUCAAACAGUUUGAAAAAUUCAAAGAUACUGCUUUAUUUGGCAUCGCACCUGAAUUGAGUCCUGUUUAUCGGCAUGUUAUGAGGUCUUAUAGAAAGAAACAUCUCAACACUACGUUUGGUGAUUACUACCAUUGGAAUGAUAGUGCUGAUCCUAAUAUCAUUCAUUCUCGUGGAUUUCAAGGUUACAAUUCUGGAGUAUUACUUCUGAAACUCGAUGCUAUCAGAAAUUCUGAUGAAUAUAAAUCAAUUCUGAAUAAAUCUAAACUAGAUAAAUUAACAAAGAAAUAUAAUUUCAAGCAAGGACAUCUUGGAGAUCAAGAUUUUUAUACGUUGAUAGGAUGUGAGUAUCCACAUCUCAUUCAAACUAUACAUUGUGGUUUUAAUAGACAGUUGUGUACUUGGUGGAGGGAUAAUGGAUACAGUGAUGUUUUUCAUCAUUAUGCUCGUUGUGAUCAUGAGGUUGUUAUUUUACAUGGAAAUUGUAACACUGAAAUACCUAAGUGAUAUAAUCUAUCUAGUAAUAUGUGAUUCAUAUUUUAUUUUGAAAUGAUUAAAAUUUUUUAUACAA